AUGGACCUUGAAGCAACGUUUGAAAUUCGACUUCUAGCAUCACUUUCGAUUUUGUUCCCAGCUAUCAUUGGAUUAGGACUACACACGCUUCUCGCCAUCACGCUCUACAGAGGUUGGAAAACCUUUCGCGAAAUCAGCUUCUACGUGAUUACAGUGCAGUUACAGUGGUGCGACGUUUGUGCCCUUCUACUUGAUCUCUAUGUUGCGUUUCCACUUUCCCUCACCGGGGACCAGUACAUGGGCGAUAGCAUAGCCCUAUACUAUGGUCCGUUAUUUUUCGAAGGAAUCGCAUUCAACGGUUUGUUUUUGCUAUCGUUUAUUAUGAGCCUCAACAGAUUCCUGUUAUUCAUUUUACCACAAGUGCACAAUAAACUCUUCACUUAUUGGGGAACAAGAAUUGCCUCACUGAUCUUCGUUGAACUUUUCAACAAUUUUUCGAGCAUAUUUCAAUCGACAAGUGGUAUUCUGGUACUCAUGUUUAGUUAUUCUAUGUUUAUAUAUUUUGAACCAGUUCCAUAUUCUGCUGUGAUACUAUUUGUGUGUAGCAACUGUGCUGCAUCUAAGAAGAAUCUUAUU